AUAAGCAGCAAAGAUGAGGACUUCUUAGACCUUUCAGUUGAUGUGGAGCAGAAUACUUCAAUCACUCAUUGUUUAAGGGGUUUCAGCAAUACAGAAACUCUCUGCAGUGAAUACAAAUAUUACUGUGAAGAAUGUCGCAGUAAGCAAGAAGCACAUAAAAGGAUGAAAGUAAAAAAGCUGCCUAUGAUUCUAGCUCUCCAUUUGAAGAGAUUUAAAUACAUGGAUCAGCUGCAUCGAUACACAAAACUCUCUUAUAGAGUAGUUUUUCCUUUAGAGCUUCGUUUAUUUAACACCUCAGGAGAUGCCACCAAUCCUGACAGAAUGUAUGACCUUGUUGCUGUGGUAGUUCAUUGUGGAAGUGGCCCUAACAGAGGACAUUAUAUUGCAAUAGUGAAGAGUCAUGAUUUUUGGUUGCUUUUUGAUGAUGAUAUUGUUGAGAAAAUCGAUGCACAAGCUAUUGAAGAAUUCUACGGGUUGACAUCAGACAUCUCAAAGAACUCUGAGUCUGGUUACAUCCUCUUCUAUCAGUCUCGGGACUGAGGGGAAACUGUAGUGAAGAGAGAUUUUUAUGCCUCACAUCUUCUCUAUCUCGGAAUGGAGCAAGCACUGAAAAAGAGGAAAGCAGGGAGCUCCAGGAGCAGUAGCACAGUUUGCACACAACUAAGCAAAGAGUUUGGGGUUCUUAAAACCUUUGUAUCAUUUUCAUUUUAUUUGCUCAGGUAUCAUGCUGACGACACAUCUCCACUGCAUCCCAUAAGCAAAAAGAGAGAUACCAGCCACUCUUGCAGGAGCUUUCCAUUAGGUAAUAUUAUCUCUGUGGUCCUAAUUCAAAGCCCAUUAAGGUCACUGGAGAACCUUUCAUGGACUUCAGUGGAAUUUGAAUCAGGUUCUAACUGCACUGCCAGAUUGGUGCAAUAGGAGCAUUAGAAAUCUGUAUUUUAUGCAGACUUUGUGUAUCAAAGGAAAAGGACUCUUUGUGAACUUAGUUUCCUGUGCUUAAGUUUAAAAGAAUGAGGUUGGAAGGGUUAACGUGUAAGCAAGAAGAUAUAUCGGGGCCCAACGCAAUUGCCUUCUUGAUGGUAGUAGUUUAACUGAA